AAAUUAUGGCAGUAUCUAAAUAUUUUUAUGAAUCACACAUAUUUUUGUAAAAUAAAUAACCAGUUAGAAGAAGGACUCGGAAUUUGUAUAGCAGCUGAUGUGUAAAGAUGGCCAAGCUCAAUACAAACAAAUAGUGAUCAGUGACGUGCUCAUUUUACGACUGACUCUGUACCCAGGGGGCAAAUGAUAAACAAAUUUAUUUUGUUAUACAUUAAAAAAUGGCUUAUGAUACACGUAAUAUAAAAUAUUCAUCUGAAAUGCACAACCAUCAACAUAAUCAAUCUAAUAUGACUGGAUACACAUAUUCUGGACAUCCAGUGUCACAUGCUCAACAUACAGAUGAAAAUAGAAAUGAAAAUAAUUGUGGAAAUAAGGAAACAUGUUCUCAAAUAUCUCAUCAAUCUUCGGGUACACAGACUAUUCAAAAAGUAGAUGCAGCAACCAUGACUGAUCCAUUACAAAUAGAUUUUAGACUUACUUCUGAGUAUUUAGCACGAUGUUCUAGUACAUUAGGUUUACCAUAUGUAACUAAAUAUGAAGAAAAUAGCAAUAAUUCAACUCAUAAUUGUCAAGAAAUUCGACCGAAAAUUGAAUUUGAAGUUGAACCACAACAUAUCAAUGGUAUGUUAAUUUAUCAUUGUCCAGAGUGUGCAUAUAGAUUUGAAGAUAGAGAAGCAUUACAUGAACAUUUAGAGGAUCAUAGACAACGACCCCACAUCUGUGAUAUUUGUGGUGCAAGUUUAAAACGCAAAGAACAUCUAGAUCGUCAUAAACAAGGACAUAAUAAAGAUAGGCCUUAUCAGUGUAAUAUGUGCUGCAAAGCAUUUAAACGCAAUGAACAUCUUGCACGUCAUAUGAUUAUUCACUCUGGUAGCAAAAAUCAAGUUUGUACAGAAUGUGGCAAAGCUUUUUAUAGAAAAGAUCAUUUAAAACACUUGCAAAGUCAUAAUAGUAGUAGAAAUAAAAAUCUAAAUAGUUCACAAAAUAAUCAAAAUAGUCAUAAUAAUGGCGAUGAAGGAUUAAGUAGUUUUGCAAUGAUGAUGAGACAAACUGGGCCACCUCCGUUUUCUAUUUUAAGAACUUAAUACAUUUUUGUCUUAUCAAAGUUGUUUUAUAAUUUAGGCAAUUUAAAUUUAAGAGAUUGAUACAGCGAGCUUUAUCAGAGACAUUUUCAUGAUAUAACAGAAUAGUUGUUAAUUGUUCUGAAUUUUGCAAUUAUAUGU